UCUGAAAUUCUUUUAUAGCAAAAAAUAAUAAAUAACAACAAAGAAAAACCAAAAAUUAUAAGAAAUUUUAACAAAAAACAACAAUUUAACAAAAGUAUAUAAAAAACAACAACAACAAAAACCUUAACACCAAAUCAAAAACCAAAACCAGCACCAAUUUUCAAGUUUAAACAACAAAAAAACAAGUGUAUAGUCAACAAAAAAGUGUAACCAAACUCACCAAAAAGUGUUAAAAAAUUUUCUCAAACCCCUCCGCUUGUACUGCUGUAGAACUACUCAAGAAAUGACUCAACUCUAACACCUUCAGAAAACCAUUAUUGAAGACAACAACAACUCCACAAUAUUUUCUUCACAAAAAAUGGCUCGCAAAAAGAAAUCCCCUAAGGAGGCAGCAGCCGUUAAGGACGAUUCCGGAGCCUGUGGCAUAGAUAAUAAUUUACUGGGCCUUCCUCAUUCUCUUCAUCGCUGCAGCAAGGAUGACAAUCUUAUGCUACAUGCCAGCGAUAGUGAAUUGUCUGAGAUCAAACAAUUGGAGAAGAAUAAAUCAAAUUUAUUUCUUAUCAAGUCUUACUCCUUUAUUGAUAAGACCAAUGCGAGAAGACCCAAUUCCUUGAAUAUACCUCAGAAACUGCAGGAAUUUGAAAACUAUCAUACCCUGCUAUUGGAGGAAAGCUCUCCAGUGACCCCUCUAAAAGAAGACCAUCACAAGGCGAAAGAAAAGUUUAAGGAGACGAAGAAAAAUUCCAAAAAAUCUUCCAAGCUAGGCAAAAUGAAAAAAUCCAAAUCCACCUAUGACUCCUUGGAGGAUUUAAGUGAGUUCCAGGAUAUUUUAAGAAAGCCCACAGUUAUCUUGGAUUGUGAGCCCAGUGGUGACUCUAGCAAGAGGCCUUUGACUUUUGUUGUGGAUAAUCCCCAUAAACCAGUGGUUAAAUCCAAGACCAUGGAGGAUAUAGCUCCCUUAAUCAAACGAGAGUCUUUUAUACGCCAUAGCUUGCAAUCCAUAAGGCGCAGCUUUUCCUCUUCGAAAAAAUCUCAAAUAUCUUCGUCUUCAUCCAAUAACUCCUCGUCGGCCUGCUCUUCGGCAUCUUCCACUUCGUCCAGCUCAUCUUCAGGUGGCGACCCACAAGGCAAUAGCCUAAAGAAAUCCAAAAACCAUAAGAACAAAGACAAAACCAAAAUAGCCUCAGAACAAAACAACUCCAAAGAAGAUGCAAUCAAAGCAACACCUAAGAGAAAUGGGGAAUAUAAAACACAUGCCAAUGAGCCAGAGUUACACAACUGCAAUCAACAGCUGAUGAUAGAAAAUACGCUGAAAGCCUCUAUGCCACAGCAACCCAUAGUGGUGAUAUCCUCGCCUUCGCCAGCAUCAUCUAUGGCCUGCUUGGCUGCCCAUGUGACUUUAAACGCCCCCAAUGCUAUGCCUGCAAACUCUAACAACAACAACAACAGUAACAACAAUGCGGUUAUUUUAGCUGUACUUCAAGAGGAGGAUGAAAAGGAUUUACAAAAUCCCUUAGAAAGAUCAACCAGCAGCGUUAGUACACUUGCUCAGUUGCCCACAGACAGUCUUGGCUCUUCGUCCAUGGCCCCUUUGCAAACACACACUGAGGCUCAAAGUGUUCAGUGUUUAAAUUCGACACAAUCGUACGACCAUCAGGAUUCUCAUAGUCCAACACAAGCGACCAAACGUUCUCACCUACAGCAUCAGCAGUCGAUAGCGGAAUCCCUAGAAUCCACGUCGAUAGGUUGUGCAACGUCUAGUGAAUAUUCAAGCGCAAGAUCUCUCAAACAUAGCACCACAUCGUUGGCCCCCCUGCAAUCGGUACCAUCCUCGACCAGCCUGCGCAGCAUAAGUCCUUCGCGUCGUAGUGCGAGUAGCAACAGCAGCAGCACGGCCAAGCAUGAGCAAUCACCGGCGGCUAAUACAGCCGCCGGUGCUGCUGUUGCUGCUGCCACUACCUCUGCCGCAAUCGCCUCUGGUUCAAGUUCGGGCCAAAAUAUCACACCACCGGAAAAAGAAAAGAAACGCAAAGAGGUUUCAUCGUCUCGGGUAAAAAAGUUCCAAAGGCAUUUCUCUCAGGUGUCGCAAGAUGAGAAGUUAAUUAACUAUUUUUCCUGUGCUUUAGUCAGUGAUAUAUUACUGCAAGGACAUCUGUAUAUAACAGAUCAACAUUUUGCAUUUUAUUCCAAUGUUUUUGGUUAUGUUACUAAGGUUGUUAUACCCACAUCGUCGGUUACGAAAAUUUCCAAAGAAAAAACCGCAAAAAUCAUACCAAAUGCUGUGGGUGUGGCCACCGCCGACGAACGCCAUGUCUUUGGCAGUUUCAUUAGUCGCGAGGCUGCCUUUCGUCUGAUGUGCAGUGUCUGCCCUCCCCUGGAUGCCCUUGAAACGUUGGUCAAAGAUCCGGCGAGCAUUGAAAUCUCCGAAGAAUACUCAGUUGAGGAUGAUAGCAGCUGUUCCAUAAGCGGCAACGAAAGUCCCGCUCAGGCCACAGACAAUGCCAAUUCAACGCAUGAUAAUAGUCAGACGAUAUUAAGACGUUCCGUAGCUAAUUCAAGUUUAAGUAUUGCCGAUAGCUCAGCAGCCCAUAAACAGAGGCACUCCGACAUUCCGUUAAAUGCCAAAACAGCAAACAAUAAUGCAGCUUUCUCAAGAGCUUCAGCUCCACCGGUGCCAGGGUUAGCAUCUGCAGCAGCAACAGCCCAUUAUGCCAAUGGCGGUAGUGGGGCCGUUAGUGGUCAUGCAACAGUCGCCGGCGGCGGUGGCAUUGGCCAUGUCAUUGUGUCCUCCAUAAAUGGGCCGGCAACAGCCAUAGGCUGUCCCAGCCUUGAGGGCGCCACCAAUCUCACAUUCAUUGCGGGCAAUGCUUCCACCACCACCUCGGCCACUUCAACACCAACACCGUCGACCUCAUCGUCGCCCACCACCGUUAUGGCAUUGCCACAUACAAAAGCUUAUCAAAUCUUAAAUAAAUUUAGAACACUAAGCAACAAACUGUUGGUCAAUCUGAAAUUUCCCACUGAAAUCCAUGUGGUAUACUUGGGCGCCAUGCUCACCGUAUUGCUGGCUGUAUUCACCAUAUUCCUAUUGUAUCGGAUAUUAGAUAUAGAAGCGAAGACGAAUGUUUAUCGAUCUCCUAUAGAAUUUAAAUGGCAAUCCGCCAAUGAUGAUGAUAUCUUUGCCGAAGCAUUACGUUUCCAAAAACAAUUGCAAGUGAAAAGCACUGAAGAAGCUCAGAAUAUACUUAAAACGAAUUUAGAACAAAUCGCUAAGGUUCGCCGCAGUUUAGAAACCUUAUCGAUGUUAAUCCAUGACCGUAGCUCAUCGUUUGAUUCCACAAAUCCCGAUGAUAGUGACUGAAUUUAUAUUUUGUAAUUAGAUUUAUUGUUUUUCUUUUUUUUUCUUCUAAUUUUUUGUUUCUUUUCUAUUUUUAAUUUUUUUUUAUUAGAAAACAAGAAAAACUUGGCGAAGUUUUUCCUAGUUAAUUAUUAUAAGCUUAGCAAUGAAGGCGUUAGAAGUAUGUAUGUACCAUAUGCUUAGGAUCUUGUAAUUAGAUAUUUAUUACUAUUAUUAUUAUCACCUUUUUAUAUUAUUGAAAUAUUCCAUAACUUAGUUUUUGGGUGAAUUUUUUCAUAAACUUCCAUAAGUGUGUUAAAACUUCUAACUAACUCCCUCAUCCCAUUCUUGUAAAUCUAAAAAUCAAAUGAAUUGAUUUUGCUGAAAAGGGAAACAAGGGGAUUGCAAAAAAGGUUUUGCUUUAGUUCUUGUUCUAAAAAUUUAUGAAUUUUUUUUUUAAGAAUAUUUUUGGAAAUUUUUUAUUUAAAAAUUUCCACAAAGUUUUCGGAAAAAAACCAAACCAUAUAAAACAAUUUGUUUUGUGUUAUUUAUUAUAACUUUGAAAACUGUAAUACUAUCAUAACUUUGAAAACUGUAAUAAUCGAAUGUUAAGGUUAAAAGUUUAACUUUAUACCUCUUUAAAAAAAAAAAGUAAAAAUUCUAAGCCAAAGGAAACUAAUUUAAAUUUGGAAAUUUAUUGAAAUAUUUUUUGUAAAACAAAUAUUAUGAAAAAAUAAAAUGAAUAAGCUUUAAUGACUCUGAAAAGAGCUAAUUUCUCUCUAAACAAAUGAGAUUUCUUAUAUCCAAGUUGAUUGAAAUUUAAAAAAUUUAAUUUCACUUGUUCUAUUAAUUUUUGAAACUUUUAAGGGAAAUAACUUAACAUAAAAAAUAUGAUUUCAACGAAUUUAGUUACUACAAGUAUUCUAUAUUACCACCAAAGAGUUAAAAUGUUUAGGGUGAAAUGUGUUAAAGGAAAUAAUAGAAUGAUCUCAUAAAAGAAAUUCCACUAUCAAAAAAUUUCUAAUAAUUAUUAACCCAUCUAAAGUGUAGAAAAUUAAAUGAGAACAAAGUUUUAGUUUAAAUUAUUUUUUUUUUGCCGAUAAUGAUUCUUAAAACCUUUGUGAAACACUAUGCAAACAUAACAAAAUAUGCUAAAUACUUACAAUGUAUACAGUAAUCAAUGCUGAAAAUGUUUAUAAUUUUUAAUAGCAAUUAUGGGGUAAAUCUGCUUUAGCAUAGGCAAAUGAAUUGAUGUGGCGUUUAAUUUUUGGAAACCAAUAUCUAGCUGACAACAGCCUUUCUAUAAAUGUUACACAUGUUUAUGUGUGCAGCAGUUUUUUUGAACACUUUUUGUUAACGUGGGCAAAUGAAUUGAUUUGGAAAAACUGUUUUAGACAAAAUUUUUUGCUACAGAUCCUCUUUCUAAAUUAUUCCAUAUUAAUUAUAUGUGCAAGCAUGUUGUAAGCUAUUUCUCUCUAAUUUCAACAUAUAAAUUGAUCUAUGAACACAGCGCUAAGAAUGAAUUAAGUGAAUUAAGUCACCUAAUACAAGCAAAAGAAUUGAUCUAAAAAAGCCAACAAAUAGGAAAUAUACCACAAAAUACAGCCACUCAAGAUAUACUACACUACUUCAUGAAUGCAGGAAUUUUCAGAAAGAACCAACUAUUAAGUGAGUAAAUGAAUUGAUGUUGAAAAGUUUAUAAAGACAGGAUAUUGUAUUGUAGAUGCCCCUUCCAGAAUUAUUAAAGUAGUCUAUGUGUGCAAACGUUUUCUCAAUAUAGCUUAGCUUAACAUUAGCCAAUGAGUUGAUGUAGGAAUACAAAGCUUACGAGAAUUUUCAAAAAGAAUCAACUAUAAAAUUAGUAAAUGAAUUGAUGUGGAAAAAUUUAUAAAAACAGAAUAUUAUGUUGCAGAUGCUCCUUCCUAAUUUAUUAAAGUAGUCCAUGUGUGCAAACAUUUUUCCAAUACAGCUUAAAAUAACAAUACCUAAUGAAUUGAAGUAGUAAUAAAAAGCUUACGAGAACAUCUUGUAAAACACUAUCUUUCUAAAAUGAUUAAUUUGUGCUUUAAUUUUCUGAAACGACUUUCUAUAACAAGAAUUAACGAAUUGAUGUAGCAUAUCUUACUAAAUACCUUCUUUCUAGAUUUUUUAAAUUUCUUGAUUUUGUGUGCAACCGAUUUUUUGUAAAAACGGUUGAAUAUAAUACAGGUAAACGAAUUGAACUUGAAAAACUGAAUUGAGCAAAUGAUAUUGUUUUAGAUAAUCUUUCUUAAAGUUUUGAGAUGGUUUACGUGUGCAAAGAUUUUUGAAAUGAACUUGCUGUAAUACAAGUAAAUUAAUUAAUCUACAAAAAUUAAAUUGAACAAAAGAUAUUGUUUUAAAUACUUUUUCAAUAUAUGUUAAGCUCCAUGAUAUGUGAUUACAUUUUUGAAUAAAGCCUCCCUAACACUGGCAAAUGAAUUUAUCUAAGUAAACAAAGCUUAAGAGAAAAUCUGACUUUCUAUAAAUAAUUAGCAAUUUCGACCUCACUUUUUUUUGCAUAUUUUGGAUAUCAAUUAUGCGAUUAUGAGCUUGUUUUUUGAAGAAUCAAGACUGCAGUUGCGCUUAACCUCAUUUUUCACCAUAAACUUUAACGCUGCAUACUCAACUCAAAAAAUUCGUUCACAUCAAAAAUUGAAAAUUUGGAUAGGCUUUGCUAAAAAAAUUCAAAAAAAUAAAAUUUAAAAUUUUUAGGAAUCUUGUUUAUUUUAGGAUUUGUUUUCGAAUUUUGAACCGGGGAAAGCUUCAACAUUUUCUAAACUCGAAAAAAUUAAGAAGUUAUAGCGUUUUCAUUCUUAAAACUGACCUUGAAAGUUUUAGGCCUAAAAUAAUUCGAUUUUUACAAUUUUUUUCAUAGAAAACUUGGAAAUUUUGCUUCAACCAGCACCAAUACAGAAAGAGUUUUACUUCUCGCAUGCAAUUAUGCUUUCAAAAUUUCGGAGUUCACAAAUCUAAGGAAGUAACAGCAAUUUCGACCUCACAUUGAUAUGUUUUUUGCAUUUUUUGAUAUCAUUUAUACGAUUUUGAGCUUGUUUUUUGAGAAAUCAACACCGGAAUUGCGCUAAUGCUCCUUUUUCGUCAUCAACCACAAUGCUGCUUAUUCAUCUCAAAAAAAUAUUUCGCAUCAAAAAUUUUAAAUUUUUGGAAAGGCUAACCCCUUGCUAAAAAAAUUAAAAAAAAAUUAAAAUCUUACAUUUUAAGGGGUUUUGUUAUUUUACGACUCAUCCUCCAAUCUUAAACUGCGGAAUGCUUUAAAAUUUUCUAAAUUCGAAAAAAAUUAAUGUGUUACAGCGUUUACGAACUUAAAAAUUACAUAUGUACAUACCUUGUAUUCUCACUUUGUAAAAAAAUCAGCUUGAAAUAAACACAAAUACUGAUGAAUUGAUUCUUCAGCGAAAUAAUUUUCACCAUUAAUUGUCAUUUCCAUAUGGCACACGACCCCCUCUCUCUCACAAAAACAAACCAUUACUUACCUCCAGCAAUGCAAUACAAUAAUGAAAGUCUAAACACUUCACUUAGCUCACUGUAAUAUAUCAAAAACUUUGCACCCACCAUGCAUGAGAGCUUUAAACCUACUUUCAUUCUAACUCAUCCAAAUGGGGCAUGCUUAAUCUGCUGAUUUUCUGUUUAAUGAAAUUGUAACUCUUUAAAGUAUUCUCGAGUUUACAUAUGGCCUCUACUAGGGUUUACUUAUCUCUCCUACUCUUACGCUCUCUUCAUCUUUGGCUUUAUCUCAGUGCUGUGUUGUCAGUCUGAGACAUAACGGAUUUCUCUCUUGGCAAUGUGCCCACAUCAUAUGAUUUGUUGUUGCGACUACAAUGAUUUGGUUAUAGGUUCACUAACACAAACUCAGGUCGUGUUUUCAUGCACAGCGUCUGUGACAAAGUUUGUUUAUAAAUUAUUACUUUGUUAAUAAUUUUGAAGGAAUUUUGUUAUAAUUUUUCUCAUAAAUAUAGUGCACAUCUCCAUAAAUAUAUCUUUCGAUUAUUAUAACCUUUGUUGCAGUUGAAUGUCCAGGAGGCCAGCAAAGUAUACAGCAAAGUUUCGCUUAGCAGUUUAACAUAUGACAUCAUUUUCAGUUAUCUAUUGUGAAUGGUAUAUAAAAUUGUUAGUUAUUUUUUAUUGGAAUUUCCUAAUUCAAUUUUAAUUUCAAAUUCUUUAAAAACUUUGAAAUUUCUAAAUUUUGGGCUUUGUUUAGAAUGUGUAGGCAUGUCCUUUGAAUAUUUUGUUGUUCUUAAGAGUUUUAUGUGUUUUGUCUAAACCUUAAUCUUUAAAAAGGUUCUUUUAGCUAGUUUUUGAUAUAAAAAUUAAUAAAAGUGUGCCAAACUUAUUUUGAAAACUUAGAAAUUUGUGGAUAAUAAUAAAAACGUUUGCUACCAAUAGGGAAAAUUAUCAAAAGCAAUUUUAUGCAUUAAAAAAAAUCCCAAAAAAAAGUAUUCCUUUAUUCUUUUAAAAUAAAUUAUUUAAAAAAACACAAAACAUAAAUGUCUUAAAAUUUAGAGCAUACCAAAGAACGAAAGUAAAAACCUUUAGGCAAAGUUUAACCAAAUAAAAUAUAAGAAAAACAAAAUAGAUAAUUUUUGACAAGUAUAGCUGGGACUUGGUGCAAUAUUAGAAAGAGAAAUAUGAAAAAAUAAAAAAAAAAAAUAAAUAAAAAAACUUGCUGUUUUGAUAAAACCCAUGGAAAAAGAGGCUAAAAUUUGAGACAUACCACAUAUUAGAUAAAAUAUAAAUAUACAAAAAAGAAAAAAUUACGAGCAUUUUCGAAAUUUUUACUAAAACCCGUAGAAAAACGGAAAUAUAACUCUUCUAUAGACCAGAAAUCUUACACAGUUUAUAUAUAGAAUUUCAAAACACAAAAGCCAUAGGAAGGCAGACAGCUUUUACAAAACAUAAACAAUUAUAAAGACGUCCUAGGCCUUUUCCACACACGCUCCUAAGCCCCUCAUCAGCAUAAACGUUUUAACAAGACAUUGGAAAAUAUGGAAAAACAUAAGAAAUACUAUAUGUAUAUACAUAUAUAAACAAAAAACAACAUAUUAUAUACAAUUAUAUAUAGAUAUACAUAUUUAGAACAAAAUAUAUAUAAAGUCCAUAUAUAAGCUAAUUCUUUUAUAUGAAAAGUCACUUUAAUUAUGUAUAUUUUUUGUGGUACAUUCAAGUUUUGAGCUUUUUUGCAGCAGCAAUAUAUGUUUACAUAUAUAUUUUUUUUAAAUUUCUAAACAUUUUUCCUUGAGAAAAAGUUUUACACAAAGAGAGUUAAAAAAAAAUUUCAAAUAUUUGCCUGCAUGUUUUUCACACAAAUACACACAUAUUCUUUGUUUUUGUUUUUUUUUUUUAAUUGAAACGUAAAUACAACCCUGUGAUAUAUAUUUCAUUUUAUUGUUUUAUUGUAAUUAUUGAUCUUUAAGUUUCUAAGCUAAAAUUGCGAAGUACUGCAAGGCUAAGCAACUACCAACAGCAAUUGCAAUAACAAAUGAAAUAAAACAACAACAAAAAAUGAUUUUUUUGUAUAAACCUAUAAUUAUAGUAUAAUUUAUACAUAUUAAAUAAUGCAUAUAUAUAGUGGAUGUUUAUAAAAGCAAAACUCUUAAAUAUAGUAAGCAGCUUAGUGCAUAUUACGUUAUUUUCCUUCGUGAAAACCAAUAAAAAACAAUUUAUGGAAAA